AAUGUGAUGAAGCUAAGCUGCCCACCACAAAGAGAGAGGACUGACUCUCUUUAACAAGUAUAAGCACGUGAAUCCACCAAUUAUUUCUCAUGCACCAAAACCCUUUUGUGGGCUCCUCCUCCUUCUUCGCCAGCCAGCCAGCCUUUUCUCUUUUGUUCCCUUCUUCUCUUUCCCUAAACCAAUCUUCAAUUCAUUUCUCUCAUCUUCUUCUUACAAUGGAGGUGAAGGUGAAGGUGAAGUUAUUAGCAGCAAGAAUCUCUUUCCUUGUUUUGAUGUUUGAUUUGGGUCAAGCUUUUAAUGGAGGAGAGAAUAAGAUCAAGCUACUCAAUCUACACCAAUUCCGAUGGGAAACUAAACACACUGAUGACGACCCAACUUGCUUCUCUAGGAAAUCAUCAAGGAGAGAGAAUGGGGCGACUAUCUUGGAAAUGAAGCACAAAGAUUAUUGUUCGGGACCCAUUAAGGAUUGGAAUCAAAGACUUCAGACACGAAUAAUCUUCGACAAUUAUCGUGUCCAAUCGAUUCAAUCUAGACUCAAGAGGGGGGCCAGAGUUCAAGAUAUUUCACAGACCCAGAUUCCACUUACCUCAGGAAUCAAACUCCAAACCUUAAACUACAUCGUUACUAUCGAAUUAGGUGGAAAAAACAUGACCUUGAUCGUCGACACCGGUAGUGACCUAACAUGGGUUCAAUGUCAGCCUUGUAAAAUGUGUUACAAUCAACAAGGUCCAAUCUUCGAUCCUUCUCUAUCUAAAUCUUACCAAGCCGUCCCUUGCGGUUCUCAGCCGUGCCGGUCGUUGGUUUUUGCGACCGGAAAAUACGGUCUCUGCGGUGGCUCGCCGCAAACGUCGUCGUGCAAUUACUACGUCAGUUACGGAGAUGGGUCAUUCACCGGCGGAGAUUUAGCGACGGAGAAGAUCGAUCUCGGAGCAACCCCAGUUCAAGAUUUCGUAUUUGGCUGUGGAAGAAACAAUAAGGGUUUGUUCGGCGGUGCGUCGGGAUUAAUGGGUCUUGGAAGAAGUGAACUUUCUUUGGUUUCUCAAACGAAUUCAAUUUUCGGUGGAGUUUUUUCUUAUUGUCUUCCUUCAUCCGAUUCGGAAUCCUCCGGUUCGUUAACAUUCGGCGGUGACUACUCUGUUUUCAGUAAUUCAACUCCGAUUUCCUACACAAGAAUGGUCGAAAAUCCUCAACUUUCAUCUUUCUAUUUCAUCAAUCUCACCGGAGCUAGCGUCGGAGGUGUGAAUUUACAGUCACCGAGUUUCGGCACCGGCGGGGUGUUAAUCGAUUCCGGUACUGUCAUCACCAGACUUCCACCCUCAAUUUACAGAUCAAUCAAGACUGAAUUUUUAAACCAAUUCUCCGGCAUCCCUUCCGCACCCGGAUUCUCAAUCCUUGACGUUUGCUUCAAUCUCUCCGGUUACCGGGAAGUGAACAUACCCACAUUAAGAAUGGAAUUCGAGGGUGGUUCUGAACUUGAAGUGGAUGUAAUGGGUAUGUUUUAUUUUGUGAGAUCGGAUGCUUCUCAAGUUUGCUUGGCCCUGGCUAGUUUGACGUAUGAGGAUCAAAUUCCGAUUUUGGGUAAUUUUCAGCAGAGGAAUACGAGAGUGGUCUAUGAUACGGUGGAGUCUCGGUUGGGAUUUGCAAGGGAGAGCUGCGAUUACGCCUGAGAAACGUCGCCGGAAAAGCUGAAAGCUGCCGGAGGUGGUGGAUGUGAAUAUGUAGAGUUUGAAAGGAGAAGCCAUUAAUUUGAAGAUAUUGGUGGCAAGGUAGGAGGAGAAGGAGGGGGUAUAGCUAUGAUCUUCAUAUCUUUUUUUUCUAUUUUUGUUUGGAAAAAUUAUUGAUUAAUUAGAAGACAUGUUGUUUUUGUUUAA